GGCGGCGGCGGCGGGGCCGAGCGCGCGUGCGCGGGGGCGGCGGCGCGUGCGCGCUGCGGCGGCAGGGGCGGGUGCCGGGGUGCGGCCGGGUCGCGGGUCCGCCGCCGCCCCGCCAGCAGCGGCCGCCGGCGGCGCGGGAGCUCUCGGGCGGGCGCCGGCACCUCGGGAGCGGCGGGCGCCCUGGUCUGCCUCCCCUCCCGGUUUCACCGUGCUCCUCCGCCGAGAGAACCGCCCUGUUAAAUGAAAAUCUUCGUGCAACUAUCCUGGAAUAUUACAUGCAGUCCUGCUGUCAGUUUUUGCUGGACUUCUUUUCUGGGUAAAGAAUGCAGACAAUAAAGUGCGUAGUUGUUGGAGAUGGCGCUGUGGGAAAAACUUGUCUUCUCAUCAGCUAUACCACCAAUGCCUUCCCGGAAGAGUACAUCCCUACCGUGUUUGACAACUACAGUGCCCAAAUGACUGUCGAUGGCCGGACAGUUAGCCUGAAUCUCUGGGACACUGCGGGCCAGGAGGAAUACGACCGCCUGCGCACACUAUCCUAUCCUCAAACCAAUGUGUUUGUCAUCUGUUUCUCCAUUGGCAGCCCUUCUUCCUAUGCAAAUGUGAGGCACAAAUGGCAUCCUGAAGUUUCUCACCACUGUCCUAACGUUCCCAUUCUUUUAGUGGGCACCAAGAGAGACUUGAGAAAUGACCUGGAAACAGUUAAAAAAUUGAAAGAGCAAAGCUUGGCUCCCACUACCCCGCAACAGGGGACUUCGCUGGCUAAACAAAUUGGAGCAGUCAAAUAUUUGGAGUGCUCGGCAUUGAAUCAGGAGGGUGUUCGGGAGGUGUUUGCUGAAGCUGUGCGUGCAGUUCUGUAUCCUGUGACAAAGAAGAACACAAGGAAAUGUGUCCUAUUGUAGUUACCUCGGAUAAUGGGUGUUCGAAGUUGAAUAUUGACUAGAAUCUUGGAGGGCUCUUUGAGUUACAUUGAAGAUUUGCAUCUUGCACUAACAGCUCUAAGCAGAAAUGGUUUAUGCAAAGAAUAUUCUUGCAGUCUUAUUGCUUCAGGGAAACUGAAACAGAAGAGUUUUUUUUUUUUUUCCUUCCAACUGAGAGGUCAACCAUUUACUUAAUUUCUAAAGUUCUAGUCUCCAGCUUCUCCAGGGAUCACUUGGCUUCUGUUCUUAUUUAGUGGAGGAAGAAAAAAGAAGGGACUUCUUUGAAGCCAAUUUUCUUUACUAGAUAACCAUCAGUUACUGGACUUGCUGAAAAGCACAAAUUUUGAUAACUUUGCUUUAAGUGUAGCUGCUGCUUUUCCUAUCUCUUCUUUACUGAUCAAAUUGGUUUUAGAAAACAGAAGUCUGGCUGUCCAAUUGUUUUAAUUUGUUGAUUUAAAGCUUGAAAACCAUUUGUUUACAUGCAAAAAUGCCUGUAAUAUUACUGAGCUUCACUUUAUAGUGAACUUGUGACCAUUUAUAUGAAAAGAUAACAUAUGGCGUAUUUAAUCCAAUGAGCAAGACAGGGAACACUUGCAAUAAUUUUAUUAAUAGAAGCAGGAACUGAUUUCUCCUAAUGUAAAGAAUUUAGGAUAAUGGUGAAUACUCAAAAGAGUGAUUUUUGUGCUGUUGAAUGGAGAGUUGGAAGAGUAGUUUAGUUAGAAGUCUUCCAUAAUCUUCUAAACUGAGUUAAGGUUUUAUUUCACUCUCCAAAGAGACUUUACAUUCUGAGAAUAAAGUUACAGUUAUCUGCUUGAACGGAUUGAGGUAAUUGGGAUGACGCUUCUCAAAGCAAGCUUUUCGGUGUGAUCCCACUUUCCCUUUGAUGAAUUCCAGAGACUUGGUAGAAGCCUGUUUGCUCUCGAGGAAUUCAUGGCUUCACUUCUUAAUGCUCUUGGAGUCACCACAUGAGAUUUCAUGGCAAAUUCCUUGGCUGUUCUUCUGGCAGAUCAUUGACAGAAAAUUUGGAAGCUCUGUUUACAGGAAUCAGGAACCCUUGUUUGUUCCUGGCAACUCACUGAUAGUCCCAAUUAAAUUUUUAAUGGUUAGCCAGUCACUGGAUAGAUUUACCUGGGCAGUUUUCUCUCGUCUACUAGGUGGUCACAUAUUAUAAACUGUUUUAACUCAUGUUCCAUUUAUGUACUUUUUAACUUUCUCUAGCAGCUACAGCGAAUGGCUGCUGGCUUUUGUUUUCAGAAUGUGCACUGUUUUCUAUGUGUGAUUCUGGGACCAGCAGAGAAGUGAGCGCAUGGAACCUUCCUUAGACUUAACCUUAGAGCCUGGCGGUAUGAAAGGAGCAUGCUUCAAAGAUAUUUUGUAUGAAACCAGUGGUGCUGGCUUGGGCUUUGUUGCCUAAAAUUGACAGUGCUGUCUUUGUCCAGAUACAGCCUAAACUGGUUAUUCAGAACUUGCUUUUUUAUGAUUCCCACACAUGCAAAACUGUACUGUGUAUACCCUGGACAGAAAAAAGCCUCAUUUUAGCAAGAUAACAGAAAAUACAUCAACAAGGUUAUGAGGGAUUUUGUGUUAAAUUAACCUUGGUUUAUCUGAUGCAGACAGAAAUACUAGGUGGAUAGAGACAUAUUCAUAUUUGUGCCAUCAUUCCCCUCUGAAGAGGAUGUGCCUUUCUUCAGCUAGUGUAACUGAUGCUGACACUAACUACAAUUUCUAUAUAGCUGAUGUAUGCUCCUCCUGGUAUUGCUUUAGGAAACUGCAACGCAGAAAUUAAAAACUGCAGUUUAUCCAAAUAUUGGUAUGUGUAGCUAGUGAAGCAACACUGAGUUCCAAACACUGCCUGAUUGCAGAAAACACCAAAAUAUCCAUAAUGCCUGAUGUCUGUAGAAACCUACAGGCUUCUGUUUAUUUUCCUUCACCAAGUGCCAUUGACUGGAGUGUCUUUGCAUCUUUUGCACUUGUAGAGGAAGUGCUGUUCCAGAUGUGGCUCCUACUGCAGCGUUUUGCAAGCUGUAAGGGGAGUAUUGCAGUGAUGUAACUUCUACUCACCACUUUCUGCCUUUGCUUUAGUAGGUAGGCCUUUAACGCGGGCUUGACUUGCAGGCAGCAAUAAUUCUGUGCCUUGUAAUUCAAGAUUAUUGUUCUGUAGGUAAAUUUCAGUAACUGAGCAAAUAGUUUAUCAUUGUUUAAAAUAUAUUUAUUUAAGGCAGUGCACAUUUUUUAAUGCAGGUCAGGCCUAAAUCAACAGUCUAGUUACCCUGGUGCAAGCCCAUAACUUUUGCUUAAUUCAAAGAUGUACUUUAAAAAGUUUGUGAUAUGUUUGAACUGUUCUUAAAUAGACUUUUUAUUUCAACAACAGGCACCUCUUUUUUUUUUUUUUUUUGCUACACAAAUUUGCAAUUUUGUACUGAAGCUACUACUGUUUUUUUUAAAAAGUUUUUACUCUUUUAGAUAUAGAAAUCUUGUAGUUCUGCAUCUUCUGUGGAUAUUCCUAACUGGAUGACAAUAAUUGUAUGGAGAAGAAGUCCCGUGAGCAAAUAUUGUUGCACACCUCCUGUUUCUGUAGGCUCACAGUGCAGCCAUCCUGGUGUUAACUGGAAGAGGGUAUGGAGAGAGAAAAUUCUACUGCUUGAUCGAUUUGUUUGAAUUGAUUACAUUAUUGAUUACAUUAUACUAGAACACUUUAUCCCCAUCUAGAUAACUUAAUCAAUAGAUUGCACAACAGUACUGAAGAGAUUAAUAUCAUUGGGAUGAAAACGAGCAGAAAGUGAACUUUGAACAGAACUAUGAAAACUUCUCCUGUUUUCAGAGUACCUCAUUAACAGACUCAUUCAAAUGCCUUGUAUUUCUGCCUCUUUCUGUCAAGAGGAGCAAAAAUCCUGCUGGUCUGACAGUUCAUUCACUCUAGCAUCUGAUUUUCAUGAGAAUGGACUCCAGGGGUGCACAGAUCCGAUGAACUUUUCCAUUCAAUGGGCAUUCUCUCAGUUAUCAUCUUCCCUCUUUUUUCUGUAAUUCUUAACGCGUUUUAUUGCAAGUAGUCCAGUGCUUCAGUCUACAAUCCAUUCCCUUCCUCCCACUUUUUGUUUUUUCCUGUGGACAGGUAACAAAUACAGACUUUAAACAAUCACACAGCUGGAUUUUUGUCUAUUUUCGCAAGACCAGAAUACCCCAGAGUGAAGUUACGAGGAUUUCCGAAACUGCUCAAGAUUUCUUGUUACCGAGGAGAAACGCAGUGCGCGCGUUGCCAUUCGCAGAAGAGACUCUCGACAAAGAGACCGACUUUAAUCUUUCAGCAUGUGAAUAACUUCUCAAAUACGUAAGGAUUUCUUUUAAUGUCAUUCAAGCCAUCCACACCGAGUUGAGCAGUCCGGGAAUUGUGUCCAAAGGAUGUUAUGGAGCAUGUUAGAUGUAUAAAUGCUUUGUUCAGUUUACAGCUGUAGCUAUUUAUAUGGAAUUAAAACUAGGAGAGCCUCACCGUGCUUCGAGUGCUAAACCUCGCUGUGUAGAAAUCGUGGUGCUGCUUGGGCUAACCUGAAGGAGCGGAUGGAUCCCCGCGGAGGGCUUCCCCUGCCCGGCCGGGGCAGCUGGGGCGAGCAUCCUCCGGCAGCGGGAGCCCCACGCUCUAAGUGUGGUACUGAUGCAUACACUGGCAACUUGAUUUUAUACUAUAAAAAAUUUGUAUUACAGCUAACAGUUUUUAAAAGAUUUUUUUUUUAAAUUAUGCGAAAUUAAAUUGUAAUAAAACUUCCUUCAUCUCUCUGGCUCUCUUAUUAACUCAUUCCCCCUUUUUUUGUUGCUUUUUCCCUCCAUAAUGUAGCUGUUCUUUCCUGUGGAAAGCCGGAUCCGCUCUCUUAAAUGCAAUAAACGAUUUUCGGUGAA